AUGGCGGCGCGAUUGUUGUUUGCUCCUUGGUUUCGACCUUAUCCUCCUGAGAACCGUGACUUCAUCCAACCAUGUUUGGAACCUCCGGGACCAACCGAUAUGCCUCCAAGGAAUUCACCUCCAAUUGCAUAUUUCUUGCUUUUCUUUUUCGUUAAUUUAUUACGGAAAUGCGUCUUGGAAACAAACAGCCCCGCUCCAUCCCGCCCGUCUAUCUCUUAUCUGUCGUGUCCCGCUCCGUCCCGCUCCGCUCCGUCCCGCCCGUCCCUCUCUUAUCUGUCGAGUCCCGCUUCGUCUCUCUCUUAUCUGUCGAGUCCCGCUCCGUCCCUCUCUUAUCAGUCGAGUCCCGCUCCGUUCAGCCCGUCCAUCUCUUAUCAAUCGAGUCCCGCUCCGUCCCGCCCGUCCCUCUUUUAUCAGUCGAGUCCUUCUCCAUCCUGCCCGUCCCUCUUUUAUCAGUCGAGUCCUGCUCCAUCCCGCCCGUCCAUCUCUUAUCUGUCGAGUCCCGCUCCGUCCCUCUCUUAUCAGUCGAGUCCCGCUCCGUCCCUCUUUUAUCUGUCGAGUUCCGCUCCGUUCAACCCGUCCCUCUCUUAUCUGUCUAGCCCCGCUCCAUCCCGCCCGUCUAUCUCUUAUCUGUCGUGUCCCGCUCCGUCCCUCUCCGCUCCGUCCCGCCCGUCCCUCUCUUAUCAGUCGAGUCCCGCUCCGUUCAGCCCGUCCAUCUCUUAUCAGUCGAGUUUCUCCCGUCCCGCCCGUCCCCCUCUUAUCUGUCGAGUCCCGCUCUGUCCGUCUUAUUAA